AAGAGAAUAUAAAGUUGAAACAACUGAUUGAUCUCUUCACAACUCAGAGAAGCACCAGCUGAAUCACUGGGUGUGCAUUUAGAAAAAUUUUAGAUUUCAGGCUCACAGUUGUCCAAAAAGAGAAAACUUCAAUGGAUCUAGUUGUAAUCCUGCUGCUCUCUCUCCUCUGCUUACUUCUCCUUUCUCUCUGGAAACAGAGUUCUGGGAAAGGGAAGCUCCCACCUGGCCCUCCUCCUCUCCCAGUUUUUGGGAACCUUCUACAGUUAGAUGUUAAGAACCUCACCAAAUCCUUCAAUUCCCUGUCAAAAGUGUAUGGCCCUGUGUUCACUGUGUAUUUUGGCAUGAAGCCCACUGUCGUUCUCCAUGGAUAUGAAGCUGUGAAGGAAGCCCUGACUGAUCUGGGGGAAGAGUUUGCUGGCAGAGGCAGCUUCCCGGUAUUUGAUAAACUUAGUAAAGGACAUGGACUUAUUUUCAGCAAUGGGAAGAUAUGGAAAGAGACCCGUCGGUUCUCCCUCAUGACCCUGCGGAACUUUGGGAUGGGGAAGAGGAGCAUUGAGGACCGAGUUCAAGAGGAAGCCCGCUGCAUCGUGGAGGAGUUCAGGAAAACCAAUGCUUCACCCUGUGACCCAACUUUUAUCCUGGGAAGUGCUCCCUGCAAUGUGAUAUGCUCAGUUAUUUUCCAGAAACGUUUUGAUUAUUCAGAUGAAAUGUUUCUGGACAUUAUGGAAAGAUUUAAUGAAAAUGUCGGGAUUAUCAGCUCUCCAUGGACUCAGCUCUGUAAUGCUUUCCCUGUCCUACUUGAUUAUUUCCCAGGGAGGUAUAACCAAGUGUUAAAAAAUUAUGAUUUUUUAAAAAGUUACAUUUUGGAGAAAACAAAGGAACAUCAAGAAUUCCUAGAUGUUAAUAAUCCCCGGGACCUGAUUGACUGUUUCCUGAUUAAAAUGAAGCAGGAGAAACAUAAUCAGCAGACUGAGUUCACUUUGGAAAACUUGGCAGUCACUGUAUUUGAUCUGUUUGUAGCUGGGACAGAGACCACGAGCACUACCCUGAGAUAUGCCCUCCUCCUGCUGCUGAAGCACCCAGAGGUCGCGGCUAAGGCCCAGGAAGAGAUUGAGCGUGUGAUUGGCAGACACCGGAGCCCCAGCAUGCAGGACAGGAGCCACAUGCCCUACAUGGACGCCUUGGUGCAUGAGGUCCAGAGAUACACUGACAUUAUCCCCAAUAAUUUGCCUCAUGCCGUGACCCGUGACAUUAAAUUCAGGAACUAUGUCAUCCCUAAGGGCAUGACUGUAAUUACCUCACUGACAUCUGUGUUACAUGAUGACAAAGAAUUCCCCAAGCCAAACAUGUUCGAUCCUCACCACUUCCUGGAUGAGAGUGGCAACUUUAAGAAGAGUGACCACUUCAUGGCUUUCUCAACAGGAAAACGGUCAUGUGCAGGAGAAAGCCUGGCACGUAUGGAGCUGUUUUUAUUCUUGACCAACAUUUUACAGAAUUUUACCUUGAAAUCCCUGGUGGAACCCAAGAAUAUUGAUACCACCCCAAUUGCCAAUGGAUUUGCUUCUGUACCACCUCCUUACCAGAUCUGUAUGAUACCUGUGUGAAGAAAGACAGGCUACCCACUUUUGGUUGUGAUUUUUCAUCUGCUUCCUCACCUUGGCUUCUUUCAUUUCCUUCCAUGUUCUUCCACCUUAUGGCAUUACCUUCCCUAUCCUCUCCCCCUGCAACAACCCCGUUCUCUCAAGAUUUAGAAAUGCCUUACCUCCAGGAACAAAGAGGUCCAGUGACUCAUUGUGACUGCUGUUCUUUACAGUGACAUCAUUUACUGCUAUCAUAUGUGUUAAUGUGAUCUACUGGCAUGUAGUUUUCUGUAGUUAAAAUGCCACUGAGCAAAGUGAUUAGUCUUACCAAAUAGAAUCAGCUCUUGUCAGUAUGUUUAAAUUAAAAAAUUCAUCUUUAUGGCUGGGCGGUGGCAAACCUGGUUGAGUGCACCUGUUGCAAUGCACAAGGACCGGGGUUCGGGCCCCCAGUCCCCAUCUGCAGGGGGAAAGCUUUACAAGUGGUGAAGCAGUGUUGCAGGUGUCUCUCUGUCUCUCUCCUAUCUCUACCAUGCCUUUCCCUCUCAAUCUCUGGCUGUCUCUAUCCAAUAAAUAAAUAAAGAUAAAAAAA